AUCUUAUCUCCACUCUCAACCCUAUAUCUCUUCUCUUCCUCCAUGGCUGCUUCAGCUUCGUCUCUCGCUCUCUCUACCUUCAACCCCAAAUCCCUUCCUUUCUCCAUCUCCAGACCCGCUUCCCUCCUCCCUCCUUCCGUCUCCUUCAAACUCAACUCCCAACCCAUUUCCCUCUCCAUCUUCGCUUCCUCCGCCGCGUCUCGCUUCGUCCGCAACGUCGCGGUUACAGAUGACUUCAACGUAGAAGAAGAAGCAGACAGCAUUUUCUCAGAUGACGCUGCGCCGCCUCCGCAGCAGGAGCAGUCCUUCUCUGCUGACCUCAAACUCUUCGUCGGUAACCUCCCCUUUAACGUCGACAGUGCUCAGCUCGCUCAGCUCUUCGAGAGCGCCGGAAAUGUCGAGAUGGUUGAGGUAAUCUAUGACAAAGUGACAGGACGAAGCAGGGGUUUUGGGUUCGUGACUAUGUCUUCUGUCUCUGAAGUUGAGGCAGCUGAACAACAGUUCAAAGGCUAUGAGUUGGAUGGUAGACCUUUGAGAGUGAAUGCUGGUCCUCCUCCACCAAAGAGGGAAGACUCUUUCUCCAGAGGUCCCAGAAGCAGCUUUGGAAGCUCUGGUUCUGGAUAUGGUGGAGGUGGUGGUGGUGGUGCUGGUUCAGGAAACCGUGUUUAUGUCGGCAAUCUCUCAUGGGGAGUCGAUGACAUGGCUCUCGAGAGUUUGUUCGGUGAGCAAGGAAAGGUUGUUGAGGCUAGAGUCAUCUACGACAGGGACAGUGGUCGUUCCAAGGGUUUUGGGUUUGUGACGUACAACUCUGCUCAAGAGGUCCAGAAUGCCAUCAGAACCUUGAAUGGCGCUGAUCUGGACGGCAGACAAAUAAGAGUCUCUGAAGCUGAGGCUAGGCCUCCAAGGCGCCAAUUUUGAGCACCACUUUCCUAUUCUCAAAACCGCAUUUUCUGAAGGGCGCUUCGAAGCAAAUAGAGUUUUGUGAGAGGAUGGCAGUUUCGGACCGUACUAAGCUUUUAGCCUAUGUUUUUAGAAACGUAUGAUUAAGAUUUAUAAGUGAAGACCAUGUUCUUGUCUGUCUGAAAGCUGCCAUUGAAUACUUUGCUUUGGUCUGAUUUGGGUGUCUCUCUAUUUUGUGGUCUCUUCAUAAUGAAUGCUUCUCUAUUUAACAUCCUAGUCUCUAUGUUUUUUUA